AAGCAGAUUCACUGGAAUUUCAUUUUCUCGGGAAUCAAGUGAACCAGAUGGAAGUUUCGGGCCUUUUAUUCUUGGGUUUCCUUCCAAGUGUAGGUGAUUCACAAGUGUUAUUUCAUGUUGGAUUAUUUUAGACUGUAAAAUAUAUCCAAAACUACUGGUAUUUUACGAUCGAUGAGAACUUCUUGGUAUGAUCUCUGAGAUAUGGUGUUUCAGAAGAGGUUAGACUAUGGAUUUAAUGGCUAUCAGGUGCCUCCCAUGCCUCGAGCUGCCAGAUCAGCUAGGAGGAGGGGAUCAUUUAGGAAGAAAGCUGAUUGCAAUCAAAUAUGUCCAUUUGACAUAUUGGCUACUGUAGCUGGCCAGCUAUUGCUGGAAGAAGAAAGUUAUAAUAAUACACUUGGAAAAGAACAUGGUCCAAUAGUGAAAGAUCAUGUGAAGAAAAAACAACAGGAUGAAAAUAACCCUUUGAAAGUAGAAUCUUGUGAUCGAGGAAGCAAUCAGAGGAGUUCUAUAGUUUCUGGACUUGUCUCAGAAGCUCCUGCUGUAAAUCGUAGUUUGAAGGAAUUUACAACUGCUCAGGUCGAUACCUGUUUGGGACCUUCAUCUAUAAUUGCUUCUGAUUAUUUAAACAAGGUUGCUUCUGCUGAAAAGUUGGUUAAUGGAAAAAGCAAGGUUGAACUCGGAAUCUUUGGUACCAAAGUGGAGGUAGGUUCCUCUCAGUGCAGGGAGUCCUGCUAUUGUACAGUAGAGGAUGUUGACAAGGAAUUGAUAAAAAUUGAACUACCAGAUACUGGAGAAGUGUCAAUUAGCACCAGGGCUGAUAAGUGCGGCUCAAAGGAUCAAAUGGCUUCAGACAGUAAACCUCAUGUUGUAAUCAGUUUAGGUGGGGAUCACAUUCCCCUUGGUUCUUUUCCUGUGCAUCAGGAUGAUGUAAAGUUAGUUAUUAGAGAUGAUGACGAAAACUCUUCUGGGUGCACUCAACCUAGCACCGCAAUGAAGGCCUUUAGGCCACCACCACGAGUUGGAGAUGGCAGAACAAGUAAUUUAUUAGCAUCCAAAUAUUGGAAAGUAAAUCAUAAUUUGAAGGAUGAGGAACAUUCUAAAACUGAAGCAGAAAUAAGGGCUCUAUACCGCAAUAGGAAAAAUUGUUACAAGCGCCACAGGUCUCAAAAGGAUUAUCCUGUCAAAAAGAGGAAACUUUUUUCCCGUAGUCGAGUAUCUAAUUCUGGUUCACCUAGGAAGGGCUUCAGCAGAGAUGCUUUUGGCUCUUCACGAAUUCAUGGAGCUUCUUUAGCAGGCCAACGUACAUUCUUCCAGUCCAGGGAUUCUCAUGGUAUGAGAGCCUUUGGUGCCACAAUGCCUGGAGCCACAGAGACUUCAGCUUCUGUAUCCAGUCAACAUACAUCCUUCCAAUCCAAGGAUUCUCAUGUGAAGCUUAGUAUCAAGUCAUUCAAGGUUCCGGAGCUUGUCGUUGAGAUUCCAGAAACUGCAACUGUUGGUUCUCUGAAGAGAACAGUAAUGGAGGCAGUGACUGCUAUACUUGGCUGUGGAUUACAUGUUGGUGUACUUCUUCAAGGGAAGAAGAUUAGAGAUGACAACAAAACUCUACAACAGACUGGAAUAUCUCAUGAUAACAAGCCUGAUGCUCUGGGUUUUACCCUGGAGCCUAAUCCUCUGCAAGCUCCAUCAACUCCUUGCCCCAAAGAUCAUUCCUCUCUACUCUCUUGUGGCGGAACUCAACCACUAACAAGGUGCCCGCCCAUUCCAGAUGUAGUUCAUACUGCAAGUGUAGUUCAACAGGGGACUUCUGAUGCCUCAUUAGAUCCUUCAGUGACAAAUUUGGGUGACUUCAUUGAAAAUGCUCAUGAUUCAGCACCCUCCCCUCCUGACAUGUCAAUCGAUAAAAGAACAACUAUUUCCAGAGCAUUGUUUGCCUUUCCAGCAAUGAAUGCCGAGAAAGUGGCUAUAGUUCCCAUGCAGAAAUCCCAGAGAUCUGAGGUUGUGCAACGUCGAGCCCGUAGACCCUUCUCUGUUUCUGAAGUGCAAGCACUGGUUCAAGCUGUUGAAAAGAUUGGAACUGGAAGAUGGCGUGAUGUUAAACUACGAGCUUUUGAUAAUGCAAAACAUCGAACUUAUGUGGAUUUAAAGGACAAGUGGAAAACACUGGUGCACACGGCAAAAAUAUCUCCCCAGCAAAGGAGGGGUGAGCCUGUACCCGAGGAGCUCUUGGAUAGGGUCUUAGCUGCUCACGCUUACUGGUCCCAACAGCCAAAGCAGCCCGAGACCUGCAGCCUUCUCUGAGAACUUAACCAUUGGAGAGGUGGCAGCGCAUGCCGGAAGGAGCUGAAAUGGAUCAGUUAUUAGAGGGCGUAUCUAAUUAAUUUUUCUGUUAGUAUUAUGACUCUGUAAAAAGGUAAUUACAAAGGGGUGAUUAGAGAAAGACAGUGCAUGAAAUUUCUCUGGCGUUUGUGGUGAUUCUUUUCCUGUACGGAGAGGUUAGCCCUUAUAGAUUGUUGAUAAAGUAAGAGCUUGCUAACAGGUUUUUUUUUUGAAGGUUUGGUUGAAGAAGUUGAUUUGGGUAUUGAAGUUCUGUGGUGGUGUUGUAAUUAGUCCGUUAGUGAUUGUUGUAAUCUUCUUUAAAUGCUCGCUUGGAAUCAAUAUCAUGAAUUGGUCGACUCUUUGCAUUUGCCUAACCUCUGAGUUUCAUAAUGCAGUUUAUUUGCAUAAGGAAAUUUAAUUCCAAGAGAGGAAUGUUUUUGCAGCGUGGAAUUUGGAAUUGUAAUUUGUAGAUUUAGAAUAAAUUUUAGUUUAAUUUCCUACAA